ACAAACUGGGGUCUUUACAGAAUGUGCCCAUCAGUAUGCGGUCGUUGGUGGUUAACAGGGUUGACCUCUUGGCGUUCAUGUGUAUUGUGAUGAAUAUGAGUGAUCAGGUUAAGAAAAAGUCUGCACGCAUAGAUGUGGUGGUACGCGCAGCCAAAGAUUUCCUGGGAAUUACAGAAGCAAACCAUUUUAGUACGGUUUUUGCAAUCCAUCAAUUUACUGCGAGAAGCUUAAUCGCUAAUGGGCAGGAGUUUAAAAGGUUUGUAGAUGACAUGGAGGUAGUACCAGAUGUAGUGUGUGUACAAGAGGCAUGGCUCAAACCUCAACUGGAGUUUGUGAUUCCGGGACUCAGUUUGGUACAGUGUGAUAGAGUGGAGGUGUCAGGGAGGGGUUGUGCUAUGUUCGUUAAAGAGGGGAUGACAUACAGAGUAUUGGAGAUACUGGAAUGUGUGGGGAUAGAAAUAUGUAGGAAAAUAAGUAACAAUUGUAAUAGCUAAUUUCUAUAACCCCUGCAAAGCUCUUAUGCUAGCACAGUUGAAGUUGGAAGUUUACAUACACUUAGGUUGGAGUCAUUAAACUCGUUUUUCAACCACUCCACAAAUUUCUUGUUAGCAAACUAUAGUUUUUGCAAGUCGGUUAGGACCUCUACUUUGUGGAUGACACAAGUAAUUUUUCCAACAAUUGUUUACAGACAGAUUAUUUAACUUAUAAUUUACUGUAUCACAAUUCCAGUGGGUCAGAAGUCUACAUACACCGAGUUGACUGUGCCUUUAAACAGCUUGGAAAAUUCCAGAAAAUUAUGUCAUAGGCUAAUUGACAUCAUUUGAGUCAAUUGGAGGUGUACCUGUGGAUGUAUUUCAAGGCCUACCUUCAAACUGUGUGCCUCUUUGCUUGACAUCAUGGGAAAAUCAAAAGAAAUCAGCCAAGAUCUCAGAAAGAAAUGGUAGACCUCCACAAGUCUGGUUCAUCCUUGGGAGCAAUUUCCAAACGCCUGAAGGUAACACGUGUACUAUUGUUUGUACAGAUGAACAAGUAUAAACACCAUGGGACCACCCAGCCUUCAUACCGCUCAGGAAAGAGACUCGCUCUGUCUCCUAGAGAUGAACGUACUUUGGUGCGAAAAGUGCAAAUCAAUCCCAAAACAACAGCAAAGGACCUUGUGAAGAUGCUGGAGGAAACAGGUACAAAGGUAUCUAUAGCCACAGUAAAACGAUUCCUAUAUCGACAUAACCUGAAAGGCCGCUCAGCAGGAAAGAAGCCACUUCUCCAAAACCGCCAUAAAAAAAGCUAGACUGGUUUGCAACUGCACAUGGGGACAAAGAUUGUACUUUUUGGAGAAAUGUCCUCUGGUCUGAUGGAAAACAAAAUCGAACUGUUUGGCCGUAAUGACCAUCGUUAUGUUUGGAGGAAAAUGGGGGAGGCCUGCAAGCCAAAGUACACCAUCCCAACAGUGAAGCACAGGGGUGGCAGCAUCAUGUUGUGUGGGUGCUUUGCUGCAGGAGGGACUGGUGCACUUCACAAAAUAGAUGGCUUCAUGGGGUAGGAAAAUUAUGUGGAUAUAUUAAAGCAACAUCUCAGGACAUCACUCAGGAAGUUAAAGCUUAGUCACAAAUGGGUCUUCCAAAUGGACAAUAACCCCAAGCAUAGUUCCAAAGUUGUGGCAAAAUGGCUUAUGGACAACAAAGUCAAGGUAUUGGAGUGGCCAUCACAAAGCCUUGACCUCAAUUCUAUCGAAUUUGUGGGCAGAACAGAAAAGGCAUGUGCGAGCAAGGAUACCUACAAACCUGACUGUUACACCAGCUCUGUCAGGAGGAAUGGGCCAAAAUUCACCCAACUGAUUGUGGAAGGCUACCUGAAACAUUUGACCCAAGUUAAACAAUUUUAAAGGCAAUGCUACACUCAAUUAGUAUUUGGUAUGUAAACUUCUGACCCACUGGGAAUGUGAUGAAAGAAAUAAAAGCUGAAAUAAAUCAUUCUCUCUACUAUUAUUCUGACAUUUCACAUUCUUAAAAUAAAGUGGUGAUCCUAACUGACCUAAAGACAAGGAAUUUUUACUAGAAUUAAAUAUUAGUAAUUGUCAAAAACUGAGUUUUUAAAUGUAUUUGGCAAAGGAGUAUGUCAACUCCCGACUUCAACUGUAGAAGGGAUUGAUAGGACGUGUAGGGAUAGGAAGGUAAUAUGGUGUGGUAUUUUUAAUGCCCAUAAAGAAAUAUGGGGAAGAACGCAUUAAGAUAACAAUGGAAGUAUAGUUGAAGAAUUUAUGAUUAGUGUGUGUUAAUGAUGGGAGGGGAAUGAGAAUCAAUGUGGCGAGGAGUACAGAGUCAUCCUUAGACUAGACAUUGGUAUCUGUGGCAGGGAGGUGUAAAUGGUAAGUGAUGAGAGAAACCACAGUAGUGAGUGAUCAUUUUCCAGUUCGACUUAAGGUCUGUGUGUGUGUGCGGAGUAGAGGCAAUAACAUGAGGUGGUGCUUUGAGAAUGCUAACUGGAAGAUGUUCAAGUACAUGUGUGAGCGGGCAGGACAAAAGUUAUCAAUGGAGGGGUCUGUGGAUGAGUGCGAUGAGGCAGUAACGUCUAAUUAUUUCAGUUGCAAAUGAGACCGUUCAGGGGAGGAAGACGGAGGGUGGUGCCAUGGUGGGCAGAUGAGGGCUCAAAGGUGGUGCAGGAAACGGAUAUAGCUCUACGGAAGGAAUGGAUUGACAGGAAGGAAUCUCAUGGAGAAUCAAAGGAAGAGUGCGACGGCCAGAAGAACGAUUUAAGACAGCGAAAAGGGAGGCAUGGCGGGAAUUUUGCUCCACUAUUGGUAGUGACCCCAAAAAAUAUGAUGGAAGGGUAAAAAUGCUGCAAUUCCAGUGUUGGUAGAAGGAAACAUCACAGCUGUGUCAAGGAAAGAAAAGGCAAAUGUCAUAGGUUUUGCAUUUGCAGUGGUUCAUAGAUGUGAGCACCUGUGUGAUGAGCGUAAGAGGGAGGGAAGCUAAAGGAGCAUAGAGAUGUUUUAAAGACAAAAGGCGAGUCAGGAGAAGCUAUGGAUGCAGAGUUUUCUAUGUUUGGGAUGACAAAAGUGUUGGAGGGCUGCGGGCGGACUGCUGGAGAAGAUAGGCUGUGUUAUGUGAUGUUUCAGCAUGCACCGGACAGUGUGUUGGAAGCAGUGUUAGGGUUGUUUCAUAAGAUGUGUAGGACUGCAGUGAUACCUGCUGGGUGGAGACGUGCGGUGUUGUUGCCGUUCGUAAAACUAUGUAAAGAUCCCGGCAGUUAUAGGCCUAUCGUGCUGACAUCCAACAUAUGUAAGUUGAUGGGAAAAGAUGAUAGUGGGUAGGAUGAUGUAUUUCUUGGAAGUUAGGGGUUUGAUGAGUGUAGCACAGAGUAGAGGUUCAGGAGAGGGAGGUCUGCCAUGGAUGCCCUGGUGACAUUUAGUACAGAGAUAGCUAAUGCCCUGACAAUAAGAGGUGAUGAGUGUUGUGUAUUUUGACAUUGAGAAAGCUUACGAUACCAUGUGGAGGGAAGGGUUGUUGAUCAAGUUGAGUGCAUUGGGGGACGUCUGUAUAACUGGAUCAUGGACUUCCUGUUCGAUCGAGUUAUAUGGGUGAGGUUGGGGUCAGAAUUGUCAAUGCGGUUUGAAGUGGACAAUGGUACUCGUCAGGGAAGUGUGGUUAGUCUGGUGUUGUUCACCCUGAUGAUAGAAGACAAAACACUGGAAUGGUAGAUGUGCAGGUAGAGAUACUGAGGUGCAAAGCAGCAAGAUAAAUAAAUACAGUAUGAGGAUGGGCUGUUUACAGAUGGGCUAUGUACAGGUGCAGUGAUCUGUGAGCUGCUCUGACAGCUGGUGCUUAAAGCUUGUGAGGGCGAUAUGGCUCUGCAGCUUCAGUGAUUUUUGCAGUUCGUACCAGUCUUCGGCAGCAGAGAACUGGAAUAAAAGGCGGCCAAAGCAGGAAUUGGCUUUGGGGGUGACCAGUGAGAUAUACCUGCUGGAGCGCAUGCUACGAAUGGCUGCUGCUAUGGUGACCAGUGAGCUGAGAUAAGGCGGGGCUUUACCUAGCAGAGACUUGUAGAUGACCUGGAGCCAGUGGGUUUGACGACGAGUAUGACGCAAGGGCCAGCCAACGAGGGCGUACAGGUCGCAGUUGUGGGUAGUAUAUGGGGCUUAGGUGACAAAACAGAUGGCACUGUGAUAGACUACAUCCAGUUUGCUGACUAGAGUGUUGGAGGCUAUUUUAUAAAUGACAUCAUCGAGGAUCGGUAGGAUGGUCAGUUUAACAAGGGUAUUUUUGGCAGCAUGAGUGAAGGAUGCUUUGUCGUGAAAUAGGAAGCCGAUUCUAGAUUUAAUUUUGGAUUGGAGAUGCUUAAUGUGAGUCUGGAAGGAGAGUUUACAGUCUAACCAGACACCAAGGUAUUUGUAGUUCUCCACAUAUUCUAAGUCGGAGCCAUACAGAGUAGUGAUGCUGGACGGGCGGGCAGGUACGGGCAGUGAUCAGUUGAAGAGCAUGCAGUUAGAUGUGAGUGCAUGGCCUGGUAUGCUGAUGAUGGGGGAACAGAGGUGGGAAUGUAAAAUUUGUGACGAGGAAGAUGCAAGAAGGUGUGGAAGAUUGGUCUCUUAACAUGGGGGUUUAGGAUGUCUGUGGCCAAGUCCUGCUUUAUGGUGUUUUCUAGGAAGAAGGUUAAAGAUGUUAGGCUGCAAAUAUACAGAUAUAAGUAGGGUGUCAGAGUUUAAAUAUUUAGUUAUGUGGUUUAGUGCGAGGCUUACUUGGAAGAGACGUUGGGCAUAUUGAAAUUAAGUGUAGGAAGGUGCUGAACCUCAUGAGGGCAGUGGCAGGAUGUGAUUGGGGGUUGGAUGGACAAACACUGUUGUGUCCAAACUUUUGACUGGUACUGUAUACACCUACUCAUUCAAUGGUUUUUAUUUUUUACUAAUCUCUACAUUGUAGAAUAAUAGUGAAGACAUCACAACUAUGAAAUAACACAUAUGGGAAUCAUGUAGCAACCAAGAAAGUGUUAUAAACAAAUAAAAAUAUAUUUUAGAUUCUUCAAAGUAGCCACCAUUUGCCUUGAUGACAGCAUUGCACACUAUUGGCAUUCUCUCAACCAACUUCACCUGGAUUAAUUUUCCAACAGUCUUGAAUGAGUUCCCACAUAUGCUGAACACUUGUUGGCUGUUUUUCCUUCACUCUGUGGUCCAACUCAACCCAAACCAUCUCAAUUGGGUUGAGUGUGGGUGAUUGUGGAAGCCAGGUCAUCUGAUGCAGCACUCCAUCACUGCUUCUUGGUCAAAUAGCCCUUACACAGCCUGGAGGUGUGUUAGGUCAUUGUCCAGUUGAAAAACAAAUGAUAGUCCCACUAAGCACAAACCAGAUGGGAUGGUAUAUUUCACUGCAGAAUGCUGUGGUAGCCAUGCUGGUUAAGUGUGCAUUGAAUUCUAAAUUAAUCACAGACAGUGUAACCAGCAAAGCACUCCCACACAUCACACCUCCUCCUCCAUACUUCACGGUGGUAGCCACACAUGCAGAGAUUAUCCGUUCACCUACUCUGCGUCUCACAAAGACAUGGCGGUUGGAACCACAAAUCUCCCAUUUGGACUCAUCAGACCAAAGGUCAGAUUUCCACCGGUCUAAUGACCAUUGCUCAUGUUCCUUGGCCAAAGCAAAUCUUUUCUUCUUAUUUGUGUCCUUUAGUAGUGGUUUAUUUGCAGCAAUUUGACUAUGAAGGCCUGAUUCACGCAGUCUCCUCUGAAUAGUUGAUGUUGAGAUGUGUUUUGACUGGUACUGUAGAUAGGGAGAGAUUGUGUGAAAGGGUUAGGGAGGCUAGACCGGGUUGGGGAAUGGGUGGUGUAUUGGGGGGAGGGAAGUGGUGUCUUGGGCGCUAUUUCACUUUCUUGAAGGAACAGGACUAAUGAAGAGGAUUUAAUGUAGAUAAGCCAUAACUGGCCUCACACUCCAGUACAGUAGGUGGUGGUGUUGGAUGCGAUCCGCUAACCCAAUCCCAAAGAAGGACAAGAAGAAAAAGUGAGGAUAAGAUGCAUUCCCCACGUGACUUCCACAUCCUGUUUGUGCCCCGGCGGAGCAUGCUCUGUGAGCAGCGGCUGAAGGAGCAGAGGGUCCUGGGCUCGUUCAUCAACAUAGACGAGUACAUCCUAGAUCUCAUCCCUUAUGAUGGAGACUUGCUCUCCAUGGAGUCUGAGGGGGCCUUCAGGGAAUGCUAUCUAGAAAGUGACCAGACAUGUCUUUACCACACCGCCAAGGGCCUUAUGACUCUCCAGGCUCUGUAUGGGACCAUCCCACAGAUAUUUGGGAAAGGGGAGUGUGCACGGCAUGUAGCUAAUAUGAUGCUUAGGAUGAAGAGGGAGUUUGCUGGCAGUCAGACUCAGAUCCUGCCUGUGUUUGACUCACUGCUGCUGCUGGACCGCAACAUAGACCUGCUUACCCCUCUGGCCACACAGCUCACCUAUGAGGGCCUCAUUGACGAAGUUUAUGGAAUCACCAACGGUUAUGCGAAGUUGCCUCCGGAGAAGUUUGCUGCCCAAAAGAAGCAGGGUGAGGUGGGUAAAGACCUGCCCACGGAGCCCAAGAAGAUGCAGCUCAACUCAGCGGAGGAGCUGUAUGCUGAGAUACGGGACAAAAACUUCAACGCCAUAGGGGCUGCACUGAGCAAGAAGGCCAAGAUCAUCUCUGCUGCCUUUGAGGAGCGACAUAAUGCCAAAACAGUUGGCGAGAUAAAGCAGUUUGUGUCCCAGCUGCCCCACAUGCAGGCAGCACGGAGCUCGCUGGCCAAUCACACCUCCAUAGCUGAACUCAUUAAGGACAUCACCACCUCAGAGGCCUUCUUUGAUAACCUGACAGUGGAACAGGAGUUUAUGACUGGAGUUGACACAGACAAGGUUAACACAUAUAUUGAGGACUGUAUUGCCCAGAAGGAUCCUCUGAUCAAAAUCUUGCGGCUGGUCUGUAUGCAGUCAGUCUGCAACAAUGGCCUCAAGCAGAAGAUAUUGGACUACUACAAGAGAGAGAUCCUGCAGACCUAUGGAUAUGAACACAUGCUUACCCUCAACAACCUGGAGAAGACGGGUCUUCUGAAGCCCCAGACAAGCACCAGGAAUAACUACCCCACCAUCAGGAAGACACUCAAACUUUGGAUGGAGGAUGCCAACGAACAGAACCCCAAUGACAUCUCCUAUGUGUACAGUGGUUAUGCUCCUCUCAGCAUCCGUCUGACCCAGGUGUUGGCCAGGCCCGGCUGGCGCAGCAUCGAGGAAGUUCUGAAGAUGCUCCCUGGUCCACACUUUGAGGAGAGACAACAGCUGCCUGCUGGUCUCCAUAAGAAACGCCAGCAGGGGGAGAACAGGACCACCCUGGUGUUCUUUCUGGGAGGGGUGACUUACGCAGAAAUUGCUGCCCUGCGCUUCCUGUCUCAGAUGGAGGAUGGUGGCACAGAGUAUAUCAUUGCCACUACCAAGCUCAUCAAUGGUACCAGCUGGAUCAAGUCUCUGAUGGACCGCCCGGAGGCCCCCUGAGCCCGCUGCCCGCCCCCUCGGGGAACAGAUGCACAGCUAGACACAUCAAACAGUCAGAACAAAAGACCUUGCCGCUUCUUUUUAAUGUCCAUAUUCCAGCGCCCUGCAGGUGUGUCUGAUUGAUCUCAGCAACUGUCAGUGUGAGGUGACCAGGAGUCAGCUCCUCGAUUCUCCCUGUCCUUUGCCUGCAACUGUAACAGCUUGCUAAAUGCACAUCUCCAUCUCCACCUGCUUUGGUCAUUGUAUGGAGCUGAGAAGAUAUCAUCUUACUUGUUGCAUGGUGGAAGGUUUUAAGAUCAUUGUCAACCAAAAAAAUAUUUAUAUGUACUGUAUUAACACAAAGGCUGAAAGGUAGAUGCUUGUAUUAUUUUUGUGAUUUCAACCUAUAUUUAGUGUUGUACAGUAUAGGGGUUUUCUCUCUGCUUGCCAUUAUUUGUGGGAAAAGUAGUCCUGUAAAUAAAAUGUGUAAUUGA